AUGAAUCGGCACUUAUUUCAUCCGGAGAAGCUGCCAAGUGCUAUAGUAACUGGACAGGGGAUGCAGGGAUUCACUGCACUGGGAGCAGAUCUGGAACGGUUUGGUGGGUUGGGAUUGGAGGAGGUGGGAUUUGAGGGCUUGACGGAAGGAGAGAGGGAGUUGUUCUCUGAACUUGCGGAGCAGUUUGCUCAGCAGCUGGGGGGGAUUGAAGAAACCAAAGGGGGUGGAGGGAGUGGGGUUGGUACUGCGAAAGGCAAGGAGGCAGUGGACGAAUGGGAGGCAUCUCCAGGGGAAGAAAGCAGUGGGAGCCGAGAAACUAGUGACGGGGAAGGGGUGAUGGAGGAGGACGGUGCGAUGGAGGCGAAGAUGGGAAUGGAUGAGCAUUUGGCUGGCCUUGUUUCCCAUGAUAGUGGGGUGAAAAUGAUGGUGGGAGCGGGAGCCGUCCCGAUAGAUGUGGCAUCUGAUCAGCACUACCGACUGCCUUGCACCAAGGAUGCAGCUCACGACAGCAAUCGUCCGAAUCAAGGAUUGCCGAAGCAGAGAGGCGUAGGGAUGGAGAUGCAGCAGGGAGGCUACACUAUCUCUGCGGGCGAGAAUGGUAAUGGUAUCUACAUGACGGCAACGCAGCCAAGCCAGCCGACCAUGCCAGUUCAAGGAGCCAUGUCUGGAGCGUUGGAUCCAUCCUCCUCCCAAUUGCACCAGCCUGGUCAACAGGGUCAAUGGGGUCAACAGGGCCAGCAGGGACAACCGGCACAAUGGGGUCAACGGGGUCAACAGGGUCAACGGGGCCGAGGGGCAGGUGUGGUGGUAGGUGCAGCAGCAGUGGGUCCUUCCGGUCAUACAGUAGGGCCCUCAGAACUAGCAGACAGGCAGCAGGGUUUGGCAGCAGCGCAGCACGCACUGACAGGGGGACAGGCAGGGCAACAUGCGUUGUCUAGGCAGCAAAGAGCAGGGCAACAUGCAGUGAUUGGGGAUCAAGCGUUGGCAGCAGGGCAACGUGUGUUAGCUUGGGGGCAAACACCAAGGGUGCCAGUCCCCGCACAUUUAGUUACGCAAGCAUCAAGCGAACCACAAGCGGUUUCAUGGAGUUUCAGUGUCGAAGUGGCAGGGGGUGUGAUGGCGCAUGCUGAGCAUGGCUCUCUGCAGGAAGCAGAGGAGGCGAUGGAGGUAUGGAACAGGGGAGGUUGGCAACGUAACGUGGCAGGUUCAGCUCCAAGCGUGCUUCCAAGUUGGCAUGCUGAAAUGAUGCAGCAUGCGCCUGCCAUGAUGUCCCCGUUUGGGCCGCUCCAGAGGCGUGAUCAUGGCAUGCGGUACGCUUUUACCAUGUCGCGGAGAUCUUCGGUUGUUGUGAUUCCGUCCGUGCGUCAGCAUCACCAGAACCAACAGCAGCAGUGGCAGCAGCAGCAGCAGCAGCAGCAGCAGCAGCAGCAGCAGCAGCAGCAGCAGCAGCAGCAGCAGCAGCAGCAGCAGCAGCAGCAGCAGCAGCAGCAGCAGCAGCAGCAGCAGCAGCAGCAGCAGCAGCAGCAGCAGCAGCAGCUCAGUGGAGUGGGUGGUCUGAUCGGUCCAAGUCCUGCUGGUGUUGCUGGUGAUAUGGGUGUUGCUGGCCCAAUGGAUGGUGUAGCUGCUGCGGCUGCCAAUGUGCGUAGUGGUGCUGGCAGCAGUGGAGGGGACGUUGAAAUGCAGGAAGCUGCAACAGAGGGUCCCAGGCCCGCAUAUGAUGCUGGUGCUACUGCCGAGCCUAGCACAGGCCAGCUGUGUGCCACUCAGAAUAGUGCCGACCAGCAUUAUGCUACCCAGCCUUGUGCUGAGCAGUUGAAUUUCCAGCAGCCUAUCAUGGCAGACUUGACCCUUCCUCUGCCUCUCCCCUCAGCAGAUCCGUUGUUGCUCCUGAGAGAUGCUGAGCACUCUGCAUUUUCUCCCUGGCGCCUCAUCUCCCCACCUUCACACAUCGAGGGAGCACUCUUUCACAGGUUUGAGAAUCAUGCCUCUGCCGCCCCAGUCAUGGCGCCUUUGGGAGCAGCAGGUGCAGGUUUGGAGGGUGGGGGGCAGGCUACUGAUGGAGGAGGGUUGUUGAAUACAGAGGAUAGGGAUUUCGGACAUGUGGGGGCAAUCACCCCUGCUGGUGCUGGAAGCUACACUAUUGAUGCGCUAGAGAGGUUCUUGAUGGAUAAUGGGGAGCACAGGGAGUAA